CCGCCCAAGGCUGGGGUUGGCCGAGACCUGGGUGAUUUUAUCCUGCGCGCCCAAGCGGCUGGAUUCACUUGGUGCCGGGGGAGACGCGGUCUCUUUCUCCGACCAGGGCUGGGGUUAGCGGAGAGCUGGGCGAGUUAAACCCGGGAGCUUGAAGGCUCAUUGCGCCGGGGAAGGCGUGGUCUCUUGCUUCACAGGGGUCUGGAGUGGUCGGCCAAGACCUGAGCGAGUUUACCCUGAGAGCCCGGUGAAUGGGGAAAUCGUGGAACCAGGAGCUAAGGUACUCAUGUCUGAGGACUUGAGCGGCCUGUCCAUCAAAGUGAAACUGCAGGAGAUGAAAGAUAAAGAGCAACAAGGACAAUGUCUCAGAAUCAUCUCCCCCGUGUCUCCUGCUAGGCUUUACUGCUGCUGUGCAGUGAUCAUCGUCCUCACUGGAGCUCUGAUUGCACUUUCUGUGGCUCUGUCAUCAUCAUUGAGAAAAGAAAAUAUGGCUAUUGCGAGCCCUGAAGCUGGCUAUGUUACCUGCCCAAGAGACUGGAUUGCAUUUGGAAGUAAAUGUUUUUAUUUUUCUGAACACACAAGUGACUGGACAUCCAGCCAGACUUCCUGCAUGGAGCUGGGGGCCCAUCUUACUCACUUUGACAGCCUGGAGGAGCUGAAUUUCCUGAAUAGAUGCAAGGGGGAUUUUGCUGCCUGGAUAGGCCUGCACAGAGAGUCAUCAGAGCAGCCUUGGAUGUGGACAGACAACACUGAAUAUAACAACUUGUUUCCCACCCGAGGAAAAGGAGAACAUGCCUACCUGACUGACAGUGGGAUCAGCAGUGGAAGGAACUACAUACAUAGGAAGUGGAUUUGUAGCAAACCCAACAACUACACUUUACAGUGUCCAGGAGUUUAACAGUUUGUUUAGAGAGUGUGUCAACUUAAUCACGAGAGAUCUGUAACAUGUUAUCUACAAUUACAGCUUCAUUUUUUGAACUUAUGAAGUUAUCAAAAUCAACUCACAAUCUUUGCUGACAUCAGAGAUAAAACUGUUAUAGAGGACUGUACUUACGGAUACUUGUGAGACUAUGCCUUAUUUUAAAAUAAAUAAGUGUUUAUAUUGGUUUGUACUGACAUCAUAAACCUGUAUACAAUCACAUCAUUCAGUAAAUAACAUUUCUCUGUAUUUUAUUCAUAGUUCAUUUAGUGCCCCCUUUGUUUCAAUCCAUUCUAUUUCAGAUUUUAUUUCACUAUUUCUGAAAUAUGUAAAUACUUUUAAUAUUGAAAUUACUUUGUGUUUAGCAGUUUUAAUUAUCUUAUUUUCAGUACAUGUUAAUCCAAAGACUGGGAGAGAAACAUCACUGACCCAAAUCUUCAUGACCAAAUUAAUCAAUGAAAGCACGCUUUUUUAUUUGUUACAUGAACUGCCUCCCCUGAGGUAGGUUUUGACAGGACAGCAUGGGAGGUGAGAGAGACAAAAUUUUUAUAAAGUUCAGGGUAAGGAGUUUCUAAAUGGUGAACUUGACAGGUGAAAAAUGUGUGGUUACAGGAGCAGAACAUAAAUGACACAAUAGUCCAAUACAGGCUCCUGAAAGAGUGACAUGGCUGAAAAUGGGGAUGUUUCAAGGCAGUCAUUAGCAACAGGGAGUCAAAAGGUGGUAAAUAGGUGGUCAUGUAACCUUGUGAAACAAAGAUAGGGUUACAAGAUGGUUACAAACAACGUUUGGAAACAAAGACCUGAUUGCCAUUGCUGGAACAGACAGUACAGACCAUUUGUAGCUAGGCUUGCAGGGGAGCAUAGCCCAAUACAUGAAAACAGAGGUUUAAUCAUAAACAGAAAUGAACCUAUUUUGUCUUUACUAUAAAAUGGCUUUUAAGCAUAAGAUGGAGGCAGGCUGGUUCUUCCUACAUGUCAUCCCAUGUCACAAUGGCCCCUCCUAUCUUGUCAAGCUUAAGUAUAACCAGGCAAGAGAAAUGGGCAGUGAAUUAAUUAUGAGGCCUGAGCCAUAGUUUUUGUUUGGUCAGUGAAUGAAGUGAAGACCUGAGCAUUUUCAGGUAGGUUUGAGGGGAAGGUUUUAUUGAAGAUAUGAGGAACAGCAUGGCCAGAGGCAUCUGGAAGAGUUCACAGUGGGGAGAGCAAAGAGUAGACUAAACCUGAACUUGGGAGAAUAAAGAGCAGAGGAGAGUGAGAGAGGAGAACCAAGAGAGGAAGAUAAAGAGAGAGCAUGGCCAAAAUGACAGGGUUAUGUAGGAAUGAGAGGCUGGAAAAGGGAAGCCAGUGAGCUGGAGUUUAGAGUAGGUGGUGGGGAGAGAGGAGCUGAGGGAGUCACAGGUCCU